AUGCGUGAUUCCGGCGCCCUCACCCCUGUGCCCCGUCUUCAACCCCAACUGCAGACGAACGAACUAAAGGAAGACGAAGAUUUGAUAAAGUACGAACUGCCCAACCGGCUGACCAGCAUCAUCUACAAAAAAAGAAAAAACAAAAAUAAAAAAACGUACAUCUUAAAUAACGAAAAAUACGUGAUAUUACCUUCGCACAAAAUUUCAAAUGAGUACAAAAAAUACACGAACCCGAUUGAUUACAACUACGAGGAGAUGCACGUUUACAUGGAAGUCAACACUGGCAGUGUGAAUGAAAAGAAAAACCAGCAGGGGAUAAGUCACCUCUGCGAGCAUGUCUCCUACAUGGGUUCCAAAAAUCGGAAAAACAUCAUAGAUAAAAAUAUCAGGACAAACGCAUACACCGAUUUUCACCACAUCGUCUUUUACAUAAGUGUCAGCCUGAACAAAGAACUGUAUAAGGAAAACUCCUUAAGCCACUUCCAAUACGACCAUGUCGUACAAACUGUUAGAGUAGACCAAAUUGAAGACUAUGAUAUUUACACAGUGGACGAAUUUAACUACAAGCAUGCCAUUCUGUCUAAGUGUAUUGACACCAUGGUGGAAGUACUAAAAGGAGAAACUCAAUUCAACAGGGAACGAAUUGUUAAGGAGAAAAAGGCCAUUUUUUCCGAGUACAGCAUUAUCAACACGGUGGAAUAUAAAAUGAACUCAGAUAUUAUUAAAACGCUCCACAAGGAAAACAGACUGAGCCACCGACUGCCCAUCGGUAAACUGGAGCUGCUGAAGAGGUACGAGCCAAAGGACAUCAAAAAAUACUUCGACCUUUUCUUCAGAACGGAAAAUGUCAACCUGUACAUCUACGGAGAUGUGAACGUAGACAUAGCUCGCAAGUUGGUAAGCGAAAAAUUUCAGAACGUCAAGAAGGAGGAACUAACACCGGAGGACUUGAAAUACCUGGCCAUUUUGAAUGACAACACUUUGCGAUCGAGAAAUAAAAACCUACCCGCAAUUGUCCAUAUGUAUGGGGGUGAUUGCUCAGGAAAGGGAAACCCGGAAAGUGGCUCUUCAAAUGGAUCAGCAGAUGAGAAGGAUGAAGUGUGUGGAGGGGAACCCAUCAUAGGAGGCACACACACAGGAAAAGAAGAAAUACGCACAGGUAGAGAUAGCACCCCUGGAGAUAAGAAGGACGCUCCCGAAAACGCGGAAAAUUCCGACAACGCCGAAAACGCGGAAAACUCCGACAGCGGUUCCACCACUCCCCUCCCCGACGAAUACCCAGAUGACAACAUCGUCGACGCGCGGAAACUGAACGAAUUGCGAAACACGUUUCAAAACGAAGCCCUGAGCGAGCUGAAGUUUAGGGCCUACCUCAGUGAAAAAUACCAACCAAAAUUGGAAGAAGAAAAAAUUCUGAACAAGUCAGACAAAAAAAGAAACCUCAAUCUGACCACAGAUUUUGAAAUUAUCAAAUAUUCUCUAAAUAAUGUCAACAUAAAUAUACUGAUGAAGGAAGAAAUAAAAAGCAUUCGCACGAUGGAAGAUUACAAAAUUUAUGUCAUGAAAGACGUUAUGUUUUAUUGCCUGUCCUUCCGAUUUAACGUGUACAAGCGGGAUUUAUUUAACAGCAUAGAUAUUAAUGAGUACACCAACAUUAACGAAGGAGCCACCAUCAGAACGGUGGAAAUAAAGACGACGACAAAAUCGUUCGGAGAAGCUGUGACAGCUUUUUAUAACUUCAUUAAAAGUUUGCUAUCCCAUGGGUUUAGCAAUGACGAGUUACAAAAUUAUCGAGCCAACGAGAUUGAGUACGACGAUGCAAGUGGAGGCAGUGGCGAAGGUGAUUCCAGCUCAGCCAACGGGGGAGGCACAAAACAGAUGAAGCUGGUACACCCAGAAAAAAAAGAAGAGGAGGAACAAAUCAUGGAAACGCGAAUGAACGAAAUGUACACAGAUGAAAUACAAAAAAUUAUCGACUACAAUUCUUGCAAACAUGUUUACCUGAAUGAGAAAAGGGAAAAAAAACUCAAACAGGAAAUUUUUGAUAAUUUAAAAAUAGAAGAGGUUAAUUCCUUUGCCAAAAAUUAUUUCCAGUAUUUGUUUAACGUAUUCAAGGGACAUACCAAUUUUAAACCCAACUGUGUUAUUAUCCAUGUCCCCCACAUGGACUUCAACUCUUUCGACAAGGAUGAGGUGAAGAAACUGUUCCUAGACAACAUCAAUUCGGUAUCCGACGUUCCCAACUUUUCCUUAAGUUUUCAGAACACCUUACUAUCACAGAGAUAUGUGUAUGAAAAUAUCACAACAAAACUGCACAUGGCUAGGUACGUGGAUCCCAGGGGGGGGGACACACCCAGGAGAGACAUAUUCGCUGGCAUCCUUCACAAGAUCAACCAGAUCAGAAGGGACCCGCAGCCCCUCCUGUGCGUCCCCCCUAGUGUGGACACGCCGACCACUGUUGACACGUCGAGCAGUGUUGACACGUCGAGCAGUGUUGACACGCCGACCACUGUUGACACGUCGAGCAAUAUUGGCACACCGACCACUGUUGACACCGCGCCCAAUUUCCCCCUCUUCCUCACGUGCUACGGCAUGGAUGCGGAGAACAAACUCGGGGAAGUCGAACACGGGCUGGACGCCCCACAGGACACACACCUAAGGCACCCCGUGGGAGGAAAAAAGGAUGCCAAACUGGACAAACUGCCCAGCGAAUUGAAGAUCGGAGAAGCCGCUUGCAGGGUCAACCUGAAAAAAUACGUAGCGGCGGAGAAAGGACAAAGAGAAGUCGAAAACUACCAACUGGCAAAUGGGAUCAAAGUGAAUUUAUACAAAACACAAAUAGACAAAAAAAACGUUUACCUGAGAUUAAUCAUACCGCAUAAUGACAUAUUGAAAAAAAAAAAGAAAAACGUGUUUCCCUUAUUAUUCUCAGUUAUAUGCCUCUUCGAGGGGGGAGAAAUAGAAAGCAUCAGUCGUGAAAACGUCGAAAUUCAUUGCAGCAAUAGGAGCAUAAAUAUAUGCAUCGACAUUAAUGACGAAUAUUUUUUUAUCGAUAUUUAUACGUAUAAUAAACACGAAAAUAUCAACUCGGCCUUUUCCAUACUUAACAAUAUUUUACUGCAAACGCGGAUUGAGGAGUCUGCUCUCAAGAGGGUCGUGGACAAACUCCGGAAGGACUUCUACGAGUAUAAGAAUAAUCUCCAGUCCUUCCUGCUGGGCCAAACCAUCUCGUACCUGUCCGACGGCGCGAUGGGCUACCAAAACUUCGACCUGCGAGAAGCCGAAGAAAUAUCCCUGGAAACGGUGCAGAAGGUGCUAAAGCACCUGUUUAGCGACCCCUCCCUCUUUGAGCUUACCGUUGUAGGAGAUAUAUCCGAUUUUAUGCACUACUACGUGCUGCAUUACAUUGGAACGAUUCCAACUAGAAGAGAGGUGCCCACAAAUAGGAACGCAACAGCAGUGGAAGGAGUAACCUCCCAACGAAUGAAUCUCCAUGGUAAUGAAAACAACCCACCGCAAAACGACACACCCAUCGGAAGGGACCCCCUACAAGACGAGUACUCCCUCCUGUGCCCACUUCAAAACUUCGAACAGAAAAUAAAGGAAGCUACCUACGUGUAUUUAAAUGAAAAAGAAGAUCACGCUGUUUUCCUCCUCAUCGGAAAGAGUGCCAACCACUUUGGCUUCCUCUCCAAUGGGAUACACAUAUCACUAUACUUACUACAAUUUCUAAAAAAAGUUUUAUAUCACGAAAUGGAAGAUGAUCAUGUCGAAAAAAAUGCCACAGGUAAAGAAUUCACACAACUAAUAAAUCACAUCAACAUGGAAAAAUACAAGAAGGAAGACAUGACAGAAUUAAUUACAAGAAAAAAAAAAUUAUAUACCAACCCGUUAUUCUUCAAUGCAGUAUCUUACAUCAUACAGUACAUACUGAACAGUAAAUUAUUUCACUAUUUACGAGAAAAAAAAGAAUUAACUUAUGAUUCUUCUUUUGAAUUUAUAAACUAUGAAAAAUAUUUUGCAGGCUUUUUUACCUUGCUUGUUCAGACAAAUCCGAAAGAUUUAAAAAUUAUAAAAAAUGAAGUUCUUUCUAGCUUUGAAAAUUUUACAAAAAAUUUUUACAACUAUUCUGAUUACUUAAUAGAAAAUGCCAAGUUAUCUUACUUAAAUAAGAAAACCAAAGAUUUGAAAUUUUUUGUCGAUAAAAUAUCCGGGAUGCAAUUGACCCACUUUCCACUAAAGUAUAAAAAUAAAUUCCUACUCAGGGAUAAUCUUAUACUCAGUAAAAUCGAAAAGAUAGACGUUCUCCUGGCCCUGUAUGUCCUUUUUAAUCAAACCUCAAGUUAUCACAUAUCCUAUGGAAUUGCAUCUCCGAAAGAUAUUUGGUCGGAAGUUUACAGAAACAUAAACGAGUUGUAG